AACAUCAUGCAGGGGUUUUGUCUUUCUCAUGUUCGAUACAAUCGUGUCGAUUGGCAGCGUCUUAAACAACUUUUUUACGCAAUAUUUUAACUUGUUAAAAUGUUAUUAAUCUAGAGCUCAUCUUCAUAGCACAUACACACCAUCUACAUAUAUGUUCCCGAUUCUGCUCAAGAGUUAAUCCAUCCUUCUCUCAAAUUAUAGCAACGCUCAACACACGAUCGUGCUCACUACCGCUCUAUAUCACAGUUCGCGGCAAAGGUUUACGCUGUGCUGAAGCAGAAGAUGUCAAUAUAAAGGUAACCAUGCGAUGCUGCGCACCGUUUAGUACAAUUAAGGCUGUGGACCGGUGCGAAUAACCACAGACGCUUCCUGACAAUUAGUUCCAUUCUAAAAUAACAUUCGGUGCACGAGGAUUGAGUUUUGGAGUUGGUUAAGUGGCGCUUACAGUUAGAGUGUUUAAUUGUUUAUCUUUCUUGAGAAAAAUAUAUAUUCACAACACUACAAAACACUUAUCUACCAGUAGCAAGGCAUUGCUAGUGUAGCGAUGAGUUCGAUUUUGUGGUACGAUCUGCUACCAAACGCACUCCAACUGUUGUCACCGACAGCUUGGAUAGUGAUGCUGGGUGUAGUAGCUUCAGCUGUCAUCUUCCAGCGACAACGCGCAGAGAUAGUGAAACACAUCAAUCGCAUUCCUGGACCACCUGCUCUACCAUUACUGGGCAACAGUUUGCAAUGGUUGGUUGAUCGUGAUGAAAUGUUUAGUACGAUCAAUGGAGCAAGGUUGCUGUAUGGACGACGUCAAGGAUUCAACCGGGUCUGGGCUGGAUUAAAACCAUAUGUACUGAUCUCUAAAGCAACUGCGGCUGAGAAAAUCCUCUCUAGCUCCAAGAACAUCGAGAAAGGUCGUGACUAUGACCUGCUCAAACCAUGGAUCGGCACGGGCCUGCUAACGAGCCACGCUGCAAAAUGGCACCAACGCCGUAAAAUGUUAACGCCAACCUUCCAUUUCAAAAUACUGGCCAACUUUGUCGAGGUUUUUAACAAACAGAGCUUUGUGCUGGUACGACAACUGGAGAAGCAGCUCAACAACACCGACGGUUUCGAUUGUACGAUAUAUGCUACGUUGACGUCGCUAGAUAUUAUCUGCGAAACGGCUAUGGGGUAUCCUAUCCACGCAUUGGAGAAAUCCGAUUCCGAAUACGUAAAGGCUCAUGAGAAGAUAUCAGAAAUCAUCCUAGAGCGCUUGCAGAAGUUUUGGUUGCGUCCAGAUUUUAUUUUCCAAUUUACCAAAGCGCACAAUGAACAUGAGCAUUGUUUGAAGAUACUGCACAACUUUGCAUACAGCAUGAUCAACAAACGACGGGAAAUGUAUCAACAGCGAAAGCAAACAAAAUCAUCAGAGUCCGUAUCCUCCGUGCAAGCAGACAACGACGAAGCAACUGGCCAACGGAAACAGCUCGCUUUCCUGGAUCUUUUGCUGGAGCUUUCGGAAGAUGGCAAGAUACUCUCUGAUGCAGACAUUCGCGAAGAGGUCGAUACGUUCAUUUUAGGCGGACACGAUACGACGGCGACCGCGCUCGCUUGGAUACUGUACCUGUUGGGCACAGAACCAACCGUACAGGAGCGUGUCUUCCAGGAGAUUGAUGGCAUCAUGGGUGGGGAUAGAGACCGACAUCCAACAAUGGCGGAGCUCGGAGAGAUGCGCUAUCUGGAAUGCUGCUUAAAAGAGAGCCUACGGUUAUUUCCUAGCAUCCCAAUGCUGUCACGCACACUCGCAACAAGCGUGGACAUCGAGGGUCAUCACAUUCCGAGUGGUACGAAUGCCGUGAUCAUGCUGUAUCAGUUGCACCGCGAUCCACAGUACUUUCCCAAUCCGGAGAAAUUUAACCCGGAUCGCUUCUUGCCCGAGAAUAGCGCCAAUCGUCAUCCCUACUCGUACAUCCCAUUCAGUGCUGGUCCACGAAACUGCAUUGGACAGAAGUUUGGCGCACUGGAAGAGAAGGCAGUGAUAUCGGCGGUGGUGAGAAACUAUAGAAUCGAAGCGGUACAGCGGCGCGAGGAUCUGGUACUGUACGGUGACUUGGUAAUGCGCACGAAAGGCGGCUUGAAGAUACGUAUCCAAAGAAGAAUCUAGGUGCGAAACAUUCGAAUUACGUUCCGAAACUCGUACAUUCAUUCAUUCAUUUUCUAUGUUUUAAGCUAUGUAAUCACAUAAAUAAAGCAACAUGUAAAAUCUUUUUUUUUAUAUAUAUAAUUACUUCAUUCCGCCAUAGUGAAUAUACAUAAAUGAGGUAUAUUAUUGUGUGUUCGUACACUCUGCGGUGUGUCUGAUAAGUUUCAAAUAAACUCUUUACAGCUGCAAUCUUAACUGUCAACUUUACAU